UUCCCAUAAUCUUAGGUAUACAAUAAUCAACCCGCACCAUAGACCAUAUAUAGUGCAUUGUUGCACAAACUAACAAACAGUAACAAUGGCCAAGCAGCACUGGAUAGCUCUCAUUUCUGUGUGUUUCAUUAUUCUUCUUCCAUGUCUUUGCAUGGCCACUGAAAAUGAUAAUGAUGAUACAAAAACGUACAUCGUCUACAUGGGAUCACUUCCUCGGGGAUUACCUGAUUACUCUCCAACCUCCCAUCACCUUAGAAUUCUUCACCAAGUUCUUAACGAUGACGUCAAUGGCAUUAACAAUGACGCCACAAGUUCCCUGAUCCGGAGCUACAGGAAAAGCUUCAAUGGGUUUGCUGCAAAACUCACCAGUGAUCAGAGGGACAAGAUAGCUGAGAUGGACGAGGUGGUCUCCGUGUUUGAAAGCAAACAACUUCGAAUUCAGACAACAAGAUCCUGGGACUUCAUGGGAUUCACCGAGUCAGCAAUAAAGAGAAACGUGUCAGCUGAAAGUGAUGUUAUCGUGGGAGUUAUAGACACCGGAGUGUGGCCGGAAUCUGAGAGUUUCAGUGACGAAGGUCUGAGCGAUGUUCCGAAGAAAUGGAGAGGGACUUGUGCCGGCGGGAGGAACUUCACCUGCAACAAGAAGGUCAUCGGAGCUCGGUCCUAUGCAAGUGAUUCUGCGAGAGACGAAAAUGGCCAUGGAAGUCACACUGCCUCUAUAGCAGCUGGGAACCUUGUUAAUGGAGUCAACUUUUAUGGAAUAGCAAACGGUACAGCAAGAGGAGGAGUUCCAUCUGCAAGAAUUGCUACAUAUUCAACUUGUGAUACGUCAGGAUUAUGUUCUGAGCACAAUAUAUUGGCUGCUUUUGAUGACGCCAUUUCUGAUGGCGUCGACGUCAUUUCUGUGUCACUAGGAAUGACACAACCUAAAGAUUUUCUCGAUGAUUCCUUAGCCAUCGGUGCUUUUCAUGCUAUGGAGAAAGGAAUCCUCACUGUCCAAGCUGCUGGCAACUCUGGUCCUUUCUUUGCCACAGUUUCAAGCGUAGCACCAUGGAUCCUAGCUGUUGCAGCAAGUAGCACAGAUCGUAAAAUCAUCGACAAACUUGUUCUGGGCAAUGGACACACACUGGUUGGCAACUCCAUUAAUGCUUUUAACUCAAAUGGGUCCAAGUUUCCUAUAGCUAAGAUAAAUAGUGAUUCAGAUGAAUGUUCCAAAGAAGAAGGAAGAAGUUGCUCUUGUUUUGACAAAAACUUGGUGAAAGGAAAGAUUGUGUUGUGCAAUGAAGAUUUGCCUGCAAGCACCAGUGUUAAGUCUCAAGGCGUACUUGGAGUCAUCACAACUUCAGAAUCCUAUAAUGAAGAUUUGUCAAGCAUUGUGUAUCUACCAUCAUUGGACAUUUCCAAAGAAGCUUUUGUUACUAUUGGUUCAUACAUGAAUUCAACCAAAGAUCCAAAGGCAGAGAUAAAGAAGAGUGAGAUGGUUCUAGAUAAGAACGCCCCAAGAACAAUUGAUUUCUCUUCACGUGGGCCUAAUUUCAUUGUAGGAGAUAUCUUAAAGCCAGAUAUAAGUGCUCCUGGAGUUGAUAUUUUGGCUGCAUAUUCACCAAAUGGACUUGUUUCAAAAUAUGCAGAAGAAGAAAGAUCUGUCAAAUACAACUUUUUGUCAGGAACAUCCAUGUCUUGCCCUCAUGUUUCUGGAAUAGCUGCAUAUUUGAAGACCCUUCAUCCAGAUUGGUCUCCUGCAGCUAUCAAAUCUGCCAUUUUAACAACAGCAAAACCUAUGAAGAAAGUUAAUAAUUCUAAGGAUGCUGUUGGUGAAUUUGAAUAUGGAUCUGGACAUGUGAAUCCAGUACAAGCUAGUGAUCCAGGGCUGGUUUAUGACAUAUCCAAGGAUGAUUAUGUGGAAAUGUUAUGCAACUAUGGUUUCAGUGCUUCACAGAUUAAGAAGAUUUCUGGAGACAAUAGCAGUACUUGUCCCAAAUCUUCUCACAGAGAUUUAGUCAAGAAUCUCAAUUAUCCUACACUUGGAGCGAAAGUUAAGCCUUUAACCUCAUUCAAGAUUCAGCUUAAUCGAACUGUGACAAAUGUUGGAUCUGUGAACUCAACCUACAAGGCAAGGAUUCUACCAGCAAGUUCUCACAAGGUAGAUAUUAGAGUGGAACCUGAGUUUCUCAUGUUCAAGUCAUUGAAUGAGAAGAAGUCUUUUGUUGUGAACAUUAUUGGGAAGGGCAUUGCAAAUCAAGGUGCAAUUUCAUCUUCAUUGAUAUGGUCAGAUGGCACCCACAAUGUGAGAAGCCCGAUUGUUCUGAUGGCGUUUUGA